GCGUCUCCUCUUCAUCACUAUUUCUGACAAGAACGACCAGAAAAGGUACAGAAAAAGAUAAUCUUGGAGAGAGAAAGAGGGAAUUCUAGACAGAGAGAAGGGAGGGGCUGUUUGUGAAUUGUGGCGAUAGAAAACCCAUAAGAAAGGAGAGGCGAACAGCGGUGAUCUCCUGGUGUUUCUGUCGUCUUUCUUGGAGGGGUUCCCCAAAUCGACGACCAAGAAGAAGGGUUGGAGAAAGAAGAGGAAUCAGGUUCAGUGAUGGCUUCUAGAGCUGUAGUUCCGGAGCAAGUUAGAGUUGGAGGAGGGAAGCAAAAGAACGGUCACGCCGAAGGCAGAAAUAGGCGAGUUCUCGGAGAUAUUGGGAACUUCGUAACUGCACCAGCUGUUGAGGGGAAGCCUCAGAUCGCCCGCCCCAUAACAAGGAGUUUUGGCGCACAAUUGCUGGCAAAUGCACAAGCAGCAAAAGAGAAAAACAACAGCAAGAAACCACUGGCAGAAAAUGUUAAUGAUUUGGCCGGAAAAGAUGGUGCUGUGAAACCCGCCGUGCCUCAUAAGAAGGAAUCCUUGAAGCCGAAGAAGGAGGCUGUAAUUGUAAUCAGUCCGGACGAAGAUGAAAGCUGCAAGAGUGGACGGAAACUAAGAGAAGGAUCAUCAAAAAAGCCCAACAAAACUCUCACCUCUGUCCUCACUGCACGAAGCAAGGCUGCUUGUGGAGUUACCAAGAAACCAAAGGAUCUAAUAGUAGACAUCGAUGCAGCAGAUGUUGAUAAUGAAUUGUCAGCCGUGGAGUAUGUUGAGGAUAUCUACAAUUUCUAUAAGCUAACAGAGGGCGAUGGGCGAGUGCACGAUUACAUAGACGCGCAGCCGGAAAUGAACUCAAAAAUGAGAGCCAUUCUCGUCGACUGGCUGAUUGAAGUCCACAAGAAGUUUGAACUGAUGCCUGAGAGUCUCUACCUUACAGUUAAUAUAGUGGAUCGGUUCCUUUCGGUGAAAACUGUUCCAAGAAGGGAACUUCAAUUGGUAGGGAUUAGCUCGAUGCUAAUCGCUUGCAAAUAUGAAGAGAUAUGGGCGCCGGAGGUCAACGACUUCAUAGCUAUAUCGGACAAUGCUUAUGUCAGAGAGCAAGUGCUUCUCAUGGAGAAAGCAAUUCUUGGGAAACUAGAGUGGUAUCUAACAGUUCCAACUCCAUACGUCUUUCUCGUACGAUACAUUAAAGCUUCUCUUCCAUCUGAUAAAGAGAUGGAGAACAUGACAUUUUUCUUUGCUGAACUUGGUUUGAUGAACUACUCUGCCGUCAUACCGUAUUGUCCCUCCAUGCUUGCUGCUUCUGCUGUAUACGCUGCACGUUGCACUCUUAACCGGAUUCCCCUAUGGACUGAAACUCUGAAUCACCACACCGGCUACUCUGAGGAUCAGCUGAUGGAGUGUGCAAGGCUUUUGGUGAGCUUCCACUCCGGUGCUGGAGAAAACAAGCUGAAAGCAGUUUUGAGAAAAUACUCAAACCCGGAAAGGGGUGCUGUUGCUUUGUUUCCACCAGCAAGAAGCCUUCUCCCAAUCUGCUGCUGAUGUUGCGAAGACAACAAAAGGUGUGUCCGCGUCCCCUUUGAGUUGUUUCAGACGGGCGCUAUGUAUUGUUCAGACAAGACAAAUGACAUAUAGUAUCAGUUUGAGAUUAUAAUUAGGCUGUCAAUGAUCUCUUUCUGCUAUCAGGCCAACUUACUUAUGUUGGGUUUUUGUGUAUUUUCCGAGGAUUGAAUUGUCAAGAAAGUUUGGUAGAAAUGCAUUUUGAUUUGUUCAUAA